AUAGGGAGGCAGGUGAAAUGUAGCCCGACAGGUCUGAUAGGAAAACAGAGAGAGAGAGUCAGCAAGCAGGUCAGCAGAUGCAGGGAGGCAACUGAGAGACUGACAAGCCUGCUAGCCGAGAGGAUUUUCACUCAGAGUGGUCUGGCUGGAAUUAAAAACAUGACACAGAAGUGUUACUGAGUGUGGGACUGGACUGCAGCUGAUCAUUUCUCUGACAGAGAGGGAAGGUACCUCUGAACCUCAGGGCCUUGUGGAUUCAACACCAGCAGGCUCAACUAAGUGGAUUUACCCUCCUCUUCCCAGUCUGGAGCCGGGGGCAGAUGGUCACUCUGAGAGCCUGAGCAGAACUCAGGAAGGAGAGUGAGAGGAAGGGUGGGAGGAGGGCUGGAGAGGAAGAGAAGGAGAAGCGAGGAGUGGACAUAAGAGGAGACAUGCUUCGCAACGGUUCAAGACGAACUGUUUCCACCACCACCACAGAGGACUCUCCAGAGUUUUUAAGAGAGAGGAGGAUCAGACGCCUCAGGCUAACUCUACAUGCGGGAGGGGAUGGAACAGAGCAGGCAAAAACUGCAGACACAGCUGAGACAAAGAAAGGUGUCAACGAGACAUGGAAGAAGAAGAACGGGCUGAUCUACAGAGAGAGGCCAGCUGGCAGGGAGUCGCCUGAGCAGCACUGUGGAGACACAACCAAUGGGGUGCCACAGACCUCUCUGCAGCAUCAUGGGCCCAAAGUGUACGGCAUAGUGCAGAGGACAAGCUCUGACAGACAGCAGGAAGUGAUGGCUCGUGAGUGGACUUUCAGUCACCUUCAGGAUGAAAUGAGCUAUAUCCGGCAGGUAAGGGACUCUUUGGAGAAGGUGAGAGAGCGGAUGUAUGGGCAGUUUGGAGGAAUGCAGCAGUCAGUGGAGAAGCUUUCACAGGAAAUCAGGGCUGCCAACUCACAAAAGAGAAGUCUGGAAUCAGAGGUGAAGAUCCGGACAGCAGCCAUGGAGAGCUUUGAUCAGAUGAACAGCUCUCUUAUAUCUGCCAACAUCGGCUUGCAGAAAUCCCUUUUGGAGAACUGUCAGAACAGAGUGGACGUAAGAGAAGAGGUGAAAAGUUUACGUAGCACCUGUGAGAAAACAAAAGAAAAGCUCAGGGACAAGGAGCGGGAGCUGGCUGCAGCACAGGCUGAAAACCAAACGCUGAGACUCCAGGUGGAGUCUUCACAGGAGGCCAACACUCGGGCACUGCAAGAGCUCUCUGCAAAGCUGCAGAAGGAUUACAAUGAAAAGCUGCAGGAGGAACAACGGAAACACAGAGAGGAGAUUGAAAACCUACAGGCACAACUGGACGAGUACAUCAGGCGACUGGAGGAAGCUGAGAGAAACAUCAAGCUAGCAGAGGCCAAGAUUGCUGAAAGAGACCAGCGGAUCAUAGAAGUGGAGCGUCUCCUGGAUUGUAUGGGAAAAGAGAAGAGUCAAUUCCAGAAGAAGCUGCAGGAAUGUGAACAGCGUCUCCGUUUGAUGGAGCUGACAGACACAACUGAUGCAACUGUAGCCAAAAGAUCCAAAGAACUGCAGGGUGAAGCUGUGGAUCUCCGUGAAAGAAUCAAACACUUGAACGACAUGGUGUUCUGUCAGCAGAGGAAAGUCAAAGGAAUGAUAGAGGAGGUUGAAUCUCUACGUGCUCAAGUCGCUCAGAAGGAUAUGUUCAUCUCAGAGCUUCUGGACAGAAUUGCAAUAGUGGAGUGUGAGAAUAAUGAAUUAGAAGACAAGCUGAAGUAUUUUAUGUCCACACAGAAUAGACCACAAGUGGUUUUGGAAACAAGAGACAUAGGAGUAGGCUGUGAUCUGCUCCCCAGAAAUGAAGCGCAGAAGCAUGAUGUUGAACCUGUUCUUUCUGAACCUGCUCAUCUCCAUUCCAUGCAACUCCCAUCACUUGUCCAACCUCCUUCACCAGUGGAAGCUUCAUCACUCACUCAGCUUCUAUCACCCACUCAGCCUCUGCCAUCACCCACACAGCCUUCAUCCCCAACACAUCCCGCACCUUCAUCAUCUCCCUUCCGACAUCCAUCACUCUACCUAACAAUGCCCACCCAGCCAAGAACGUUCACAUCUAAUAACCCUCCACCCAGCAGGUUAGAGUCCAGCUUACUGAGGUACACUCCUGUUCAAUACAGCCGCUUCCUGCAAUCCAACACCACAGCGGGUGUGGGUGGGUCAUCAUCCUACAACCAUCUGUCUGAGUCUGAACCUAAUGUGAGUCCGGUUCAAUCUGGAAGAGAUGAGGUGGAUGCAGAAACAAAAACAGACACACAAUCCAGUAAAGAGGAGUCUUCUUCAUCCAUGUCCUCCUCUUCACCAAGAUCAAGAGUACCUCAAGUUUAUACACCGUUCAUGAAACUUAUGGAAAUAACAGCCAAGAUAAACAUAGAGUAAUACCAAACUUUCACCUUUUGGAAAAAUCAAGAACCAAUAUUUCAAUAUGGAGAUUCAUACCACUCAUUUAUUAAGGAAACAAUGCAGCCACAAUCCACUGUAAAAAAAAAAAAAAAACACAAAAAUUUUGUAGGUAUUUCAACUAAUAAUGUCUAAUAUUAUUUUGACAAAAAAAAAAACUUAAAAUAUUCAUACGCUGAUAUUCUAUUAUCUUUUUUUAUAUUUGAAGAAACCAGGCACUAUGAAACACUGUGUCUUAUAUACAAGUCAUUGCUGUUUCUUUUCAUAAUUACAGAAUCAGUUUUCACUGUAGCAAAGACUUUAAACCAAGUCUAUGCAACUUAAAAAUUUGAUUGUCAAAGUGUGAAAGAAUGUGUGACACCUUUGUAAUCACCAACAUUUUAACAAUUACAAGUUAAUCACUAUAUUAGUAACUCUGAUUUAAAUUAGGCCCUAAAUUUUCAUUGUAAUUGAACUCCAUUCAUUGUUUGGUUCUAGUUCCUAAAACGCUCCCUGACUCUACAGUGGAUGUACCAAAAUGCUAACAAGUGGUAUAAAAGUUUAACUAUUCCUAAUUUUCAGAGUUUAUAAAAUCAUCAUACAUGUAAUUUUAAAACAGUGAAAAGCUGACAAAUUUGUAAUUUCUAUGUUACACAUGGUGAAAAAUAGAACUUGUCCAUGAUGUAAAAAGUUUAUGCAUGCACGUAGCUGUUGCAAUAAUAAUAAAUAUUGGUCUCUGUGGAUGUACAUAAUGACAGAAUAUUUUUUUAAUAAUGUGCUGAAAAUUGUUCCCCUUUGUUUACAGUAAAUUGAGCCCACUUACAUUGUUAAUUGAGCUAAAAGCUUUGUGUUCUUUAUAAAGUUUGAUGGUUAUUGUAUGUAUUUCCAAUCAUUUUAUAAUUGCUCUGUAAAGAUUAAAUGAAUAUAAUUUUGCUAUUGUAACAUUGUGUAAAUAAUAUUUAUUAGCAUGCACUGUGCCUUUGUAAACAGAAGAUUGUGGUGAUGGGAAUGAAUGGAAUUGGAUACAGGGUAAUUGGAUAUUAUACAUAUAAUAAACAUCUAUGCUAAAGACUUAUCAAUCCCUUAAGGAUGUUGAUAUUAAAGUAUAUGUCAUUUCUGAGCCACAAGCAUUAGCAUUGUCCAGAUGUUAUCUGUACUGCCACAACUGUCUUUAAUGAGCUUUAAAAUGUGCCUUCCUCCUAAUGAUACAUAUCAAACUGAGAGUAAAGAAAAGAAUAAGACUA